GGAGGAGCGGCGAGGAGCGCGCCCGGAGCGCAGCGCUGCCCGGCCAAGCUGAGCCCAGCCUGGCCAAGCUGAGCCCAGCCGAGCCGAGCCCAGCCGGGGCUCAGCCACCCCCGCCCGGAGCCAGGCACAGAGAACGGGGAACAGCCGAAGACGGCCUCACAGCAGGAAAGUCAGAUCAGAUUGGCAAUGCAGCAGUGAGUGGCAUGAUUGAAGACAAGAUAAAAAGCAGGCUACAGCAAAAGGUGUGAGCUUCAUAUUUUCUUCCUGAAACUAGGUUACAGCUGAGGAGUUCAAGAUGAUUCCAAAUUACUCUACUGAAGAAACUGUGAAAAGAAUCCAUGUGGACUGUCCCGUUUCUGGAAGGCACAGCUACAUCUACAUUAUGGUCCCAACCGUUUACAGCAUCAUCUUUAUCAUAGGCAUAUUCGGGAACAGCCUGGUCGUUAUUGUCAUUUACUGCUACAUGAAAUUAAAAACAGUAGCCAGCAUCUUUCUUCUCAACCUGGCCCUGGCUGACUUGUGCUUUUUGAUAACUCUGCCCCUCUGGGCAGCCUACACGGCCAUGGAGUACCAGUGGCCUUUUGGCAACUGUUUGUGCAAGCUGGCCUCGGCGGGGAUCAGCUUCAACCUGUACGCCAGCGUGUUCCUGCUCACCUGCCUGAGCAUCGACCGCUACCUGGCCAUCGUGCACCCGGUGCAGUCGCGCAUCCGCCGCACCGUGUUCGUGGCCCGCGUCACCUGCGUGGCCAUCUGGCUGCUGGCCGGCGUGGCCAGCCUGCCCGUCAUCAUCCACCGCAACAUCUUCUUCGCUGAGAACCUGAACAUGACGGUCUGCGGCUUCCGCUACGAGAGCAAUAACACCACGCUCCGGGUCGGGUUAGGCUUGUCCAAAAAUUUGCUGGGCUUUUUAGUUCCUUUUCUGAUCAUAUUAACAAGCUACACCUUAAUUUGGAAGACUCUGAAGAAGGCAUAUCAAAUUCAAAAAAAUAAGACUAGAAAUGAUGAUAUUUUCAAGAUGAUUGUAGCAAUUGUGUUUUUCUUUUUCUUUUCCUGGAUUCCUCAUCAAGUGUUCACUUUUCUGGAUGUGUUGAUUCAGUUACAUGUAAUAACAGAUUGCAAAAUCACCGAUAUUGUGGAUACAGCUAUGCCCUUCACCAUUUGUAUCGCUUACUUUAACAACUGUCUGAAUCCCUUUUUUUAUGUGUUUUUUGGAAAAAACUUUAAAAAAUACUUCCUUCAGCUAAUAAAAUACAUCCCACCAAACGUCAGCACACAUCCAAGCCUCACAACCAAAAUGAGCUCCCUCUCCUAUCGGCCACCCGAAAAUAUCCGCUUGCACACCAAAAAGACUGCCGGGCCUUUCAACACCGAUUGAGGCAUUUCACAAAGUUCUUCUUUUGAACAGCCUCGGGUGUGAAGCAGCAAGAACAACAAGAUUCAUCUGCGGUCCUGAACAUCACAGCUCAUUACAGCAACACUGGAUCACCUCAGAGAAAUCAUACUGUAAAGAGUCAGCAGCGGCCUUUCAGCUCACCUUGUAAAGAGGACUGCUUCGUUUUCAUUUCAUUUUCCUUUACUGAAAGCAGCCUAAGUGUUGGACAGGUGUGUCAGAGUUCCUGCCACAUCCCACUGUUUGCUUGGAACUACGAAAGAAGGGGAGGAAAGACUCCUAACUUAAGUUCACAGGUGUUUCAAAAGGAAAAGCUUGUAUAAAUAACACGAAAUACAAAGAACCUGACUUGCAUAUAUGUGAGCUAUACUGUUGAAGAAGUGGAGCUUUGUUUCUUGUUUUGUUGGUUUAUUUUUAAAUACAUAAAUGUCCUAUAAUCAUAUUUAUAAUAUAUUUUCAAAUAUAUGCUAUAUAUAGAGGCCCAAUUUUAAACUCAAAUGGAAAUUUAAGGUCCUUGAAAUUGGUCUUAUUCUGAUUUAUGCUACUAUUUUUAAUGGCAUUUUUUCAUAAUAAUAUAUGCAAUAAAUUGCAGAUUUAUUUAUUAAAUAUAGAAUAAAUAUAUUUUUAGAUUUAUAUUCCUACUCAUACAUUUCAAACAUUGCUUCAGAAAUGUGCAUCUAUAUCUCAGUGGCUGUUUUUGUAGUAGUUAAAAAAAUAACUAUGUAUGUGCACAGAAAUGGGGUUCACUUAGCCUUUCCUCAUGAUAAGUCUGACUUUGAAGAACUUUAUAUAAAGUAGUUGACACCAUACUCUGUGUGACUAAAAUUAAAAAAUGUCAAAUUUCUGCACAUUUAGUGAACUCAUACUGAUAAGCAAAAAAUAUGACAAUGCUUAUGCAUCAGUUUAGCUAAUAAUGCUUUUAGUCCCAUUGCAAAACAUCCAGGACCAAACUUUACUCUUGGCUUUCAUGGAAUUUUUCUCCAUUUAUAUAAAAUUUUGCCCAGGGUAUUUUCUCCCUGUAGAUCAUUUUUUUAUUUAUAUGGAACAAAUUCAGAUUUAUACUAGCAUAAAUCAGAACCGAAGUCUGGCUCAAAUUCUCAGUACAAAUCAAGAGGAAAGGAGACAAGCACUGUGGGAAGUUUCCACCAAUGAUAUCCUCAUAUGUGUCCUUUUUACCUCAAAUAAUGACCUUCAGAUAAUGUUUAUGCUUGAUUCACACCCAUUUAUUGUCUGCAAAGGUAAAUGAGUUCAUAAGUACUUUUUGACACUCCAAAACUUAAGAAAAUUUCAAAACUUUACAUAUAUCAUGUAGAAGAUUGCAUGCCCUUGAACAUUUGCAGUAUUUAUAAUCUUCAAAAUCAUACAUCUGAUGUGGCUUUGUCUCAAGCAGUGAGUGGUUGGAUUAGCCAUAUUUUCUGAUGAUCAAAAUCAAAACACAACAAAACAGUUAUUUCUGUAGUUUAAUACUUUUUAAGGAAAAAUGGGACUACAACCAGGUCUAGAAAUCUUCCUACUAUUUCAUUCACUUAUACUGAGGGAAGUUUUUUUCAGUUUUGCCUUCUUCCAGCUGCAAAAAUGGUAACAAUGUGUCUACUCAAAUACAUUGCAAGGUGCGGUGACGAGUCACAACUUCUAAAGCUGUAUGAUAAAAAAACUCUCCUUCAUUAAAACUUUAACUUAAUUUAAUUGCAA